GCGAGAUUUACACGUGAGUUUGUCAACAUGGCUGCUCUGCGAAACUUGGCUGCUUCAUUUUGCAAACCCACAUCUUUACUUUCACGUACUGCAAGUGUACUCUCAGUCUCUGCACGCUAUAAUAUAGUACGGUGCAUGUCAACGGGUAAAUAUGAGUACCUUCUUGUUGAGAAAAAAGGAGCUAAAGAGAAUGUUGGCUUGAUCACACUGAAUCGACCGAAAGCCUUGAAUGCAUUAUGCGAUGGUUUGAUGGUUGAACUUGCUGAUGUACUGGAUGAUUUUGAUAAGGAUGAAGGUAUUGGAUGCCUUGUGUUAACUGGUAGUACACGGGCAUUUGCUGCUGGAGCUGACAUAAAAGAAAUGCAAGACAGAACAUUUCAAGAUGUUGCUGGUAAGAAUUUUUUGAGUGCUUGGUCCAGAUUAGCUGCCAACAAGAAGCCAGUGAUUGCAGCUGUUAAUGGUCAUGCACUUGGUGGUGGAUGUGAAAUUGCAAUGAUGUGUGAUAUAAUAUAUGCUGGGGAAAAAGCCAAGUUUGGUCAGCCGGAGAUUUUGUUGGGAACUAUUCCUGGUGCAGGAGGUACUCAGAGACUACCCCGUGUUGUUGGCAAGUCAUUAGCAAUGGAAUUAGUAUUGACUGGUACAAGUAUCAGUGCAGCGGAUGCCCUCAAUGCAGGUCUUGUGAGUAAAGUUUACCCUGUUGACACAGUUGUUGAUGAGGCCAUCAAGACAGCUGAAAAGAUUUCCAGUAAUUCCAAAAUGAUUGUAGCUAUGUGUAAAGAAGCUGUCAACAGAUCUUAUGAAAAUACUCUCCAAGAAGGUUUACUCUUUGAAAAGAAAAUUUUCUAUGGAACAUUUGCCACGAAUGACAGAAAAGAAGGCAUGACAGCAUUCACUGAAAAAAGGAAAGCAAAUUUCACAGAUAGUUGAGCAUCUGAAGUUCUGUGAAUGUUUUCUUGGAUAAAUUCAUCAAAUUAAGAGUAUCAGCUUUGCAGCUUAUGUGGGUAGCUUACAAUAGCGUGAAUGCAGAUUGGGGAUCACACUUAUAAACUCGUCUUGUUCUUGCAGUGUGUUUUUUGUUCAUUACAGAACAUCUAUAAAAACAUAAUGACUCAAAACUAAUCAUGUUUUAUUAUAAAUAAAAUGUAUAAUUCUUAGAACGA